AUGCAUUCAGCCAAACGUUCAUCUGCACCAACAAGUCAAUAUUCACAAGGAGAAGCAUUAACAUUGCUUAACGAACAAAGAUCAUUACGACCCAACAGUCCUCAUUUGACAAUUUACCAACCACAAGUGACAUGGUACUUGUCUAUCUUGACACGUAUGACAGGUGUUGGCUUGAGUGUCUUGUUUUAUGGUUGGGCAAUCACAUACUUUGCUUUGCCUUAUACAGCCGUCGGACAAGCAUUCACAUCUGCUCAUCUCAUCAAUUAUGCAGCAAUGGCACCUUUCUGGCUCAAGGUUGGUUUAAAGGCACCAAUCGCUUUCGCGAUGAGCUUCCACUCUUAUAAUGGUUUGCGUCACUUGGCUUGGGAUAUCGGAUAUGGUUUGUCAAUGAAGGGUGUUUACAUGGGUGCCUACAUCGUUUUGGGUGCUUCCGUAGCUACGACGGCAUGGUUGCUCACUCUUUAA